AUGCCUCUCACAAACCCGCUCCCGCGCGUGCACUCGCACAUCCAGAAACAGUUCCAGCGCAGCACCGAGCGGAUCCACCGCGAGUACCAGAUCAUCCGUCUGCGCCGCAUGCUCAAGGGGACUCCCGCCAUUGCUGAUGCAGAGGCAUAUUCGUCGCAUCAUGAGUUUGUGAAUGAGAAUCCGACGCCACUUACCGCUAUUGCGAGUGCGGCUGAGGGUGCGAAAGUGGCGUGA